UUACGUGUUCGAUCAUCCAUGGCUACUCGCCUCGCCCAUAUAUAGGCUCUCCACAUUUCCAGGAACCACAGCUACGGAUCGGAUAAUCUUUUUUAAAAAAAGCGAGAGAGAGAGAAAUCAAAUGGGUGGUUGUUCGUGGCUGUUAUCGCUUUUCAUAAUCCUGCUGUUUCUUCAACUUCCCGCCUGCAAAUCUUCAUCCAUUUCCGAUCUCUUCGACAGCUGGUGCAGAGAGCAUGGGAAAUCGUACUCUUCCGAGGAAGAAAGGGAGCGCAGGCUCAGGAUAUUCGAGGAGAAUUACAAUAUCGUCACUGCGCACAACGGGAAGGGUGAUUCGACCUUCACUCUCGGUCUCAACGUCUUUGCUGACCUCCCUAACCAUGAGUUUAGGGCAAAGUAUUUGGGGCUUUCAGUUCCUGCUACGGAUUCAGUGAUCAGACUGCGCAGUGAAUCGGAUGAGGAUUUGAGUGUUGUGAAGGAUUCUGAUAUUCCAUCUUCUCUCGAUUGGAGGUCAAAGGGAGCUGUUACCGAGGUGAAGGACCAGGGUAGUUGCGGUGCGUGUUGGGCGUUCUCAGCAACGGGUGCGAUGGAAGGCAUCAACCAGAUUGUCACGGGAUCGCUCGUCAGCCUGUCCGAACAAGAGCUAGUAGACUGCGAUACAUCAUACAACGACGGCUGCGCGGGAGGGGUCAUGGACUAUGCUUUCCAGUUCGUCUUAAAGAAUAAAGGGAUCGACUCCGAGAAGGAUUAUCCCUACCGCGGUCGCGAUGGACGAUGUGUCAAAAACAAGCUCGAAAGGCGCAUCGUGUCGAUUGAUGGCUACACCGAUUUACCUCUCUGGAACGAGAAAAAGCUCCUGCAAGCCGCCGCAGCUCAGCCUGUCAGCGUCGGAAUAUGCGGCAGCGACUCAGCAUUCCAGUUGUACUCCAGGGGCAUAUUUUCCGGGCCGUGCUCGACUGCUCUAGAUCACGCCGUCCUGAUCGUAGGCUACGACUCGAAAGACGGAACCGAUUACUGGAUCUUAAAAAACUCGUGGGGAACACAGUGGGGCAUUGACGGAUACAUGCACAUGGCGAGGAACACCGGCAAGGCGGAGGGAGUCUGCGGCAUCAAUACAAUGGCGUCGUACCCCAUCAAAACGAGCCCCAACCCCCCGACUCCCCCGCCCACCCCUGGCCCAACCCAGUGCAGCAUUUUCACAUUUUGCGCCCCUGGGGAGACGUGCUGCUGCUCGUGGUGGCUGCUCGGGUUGCUCUGCAUGGAAUGGAAGUGUUGCGCGACCGAAUCUGCCGUCUGCUGUAAGGACAACCUCCAUUGCUGUCCGCAGGAUUAUCCCAUUUGCGAUACCAAGAGGAACUUGUGCCUCAGGCGGGUCGGCAACACUACGGUGGCGAUGGGAAAGCAGCUUGGGAAGAAAAGCGUCUCUGCGAGUUAGAUAGCUGAAGUUACUCUUACAGGUAUUAUGCUUUACGUUAAACUGAUUCUGUAGUAAUAUUUGGUUCUUAGAUCUGGAGUCAGUCCUUGUGUUACUACUUGCUACGACCAUAUGGAUAUGAUGUCCUAUUGUGCUAGAGAACGUUAAUAAACCUAGUUAGUAGUAAUAAUGCAGAAUCGAUUAGUUAGAUGAAUCGAUAUAUGAUUCACCGUA